ACACACACACACACACACACACACACACACUGACAGCUGGCUGAAAGCUGUAAACACACAUGUAUAUGAUUGCCAUGCCGAAUAAAACGAAGAAAGACAAGGAUCCUCCAAAAUCCGCAAAAGUGUGUAAAACCGGAGGACAGGAGAACUCAGAACAUGAGCCCUCAGCUCGGUGCGGUGUUCACGAAGUGUCUCCGACAGCCAGGGGCUGGAGAGUGUGGCAUGUGCUGGCUUGGAGGGAUCCAAUAAGAAGGGCAGUAAAAGCGUUCCUCCCAUCACGCAGCUGCUGAAGGGGAAACAGUCCGGAUCUCAGCCCGCCAUUAAAAAAGACAAGAGACAGAGCUCGUCCAGAUUCAGCUUGAGCAACAAUCGGGAACUCCAGAAACUCCCUGCGUUUAAAGCCAAUCAGAAUCCUCCUGUAGCUGGCCGCUGCUGGUUAACAUCAUGUGACCUCAUCCAGCCAAUCUGCAGUCCUGCUUUGAUGGGUGACGUCACUAACUAUCUGGUUCCCUCCAGCAGCGGAGCUUCAUUUUCUGUUGAGUGUUUGUGCUAAAAUGGAGUCUAACUGCUCAACCUAGCUCCCGUUUGGACAUAUUCAUGUUGACAUGCUCUAAAGAAGACACCAGGAUGGUCGUGGACGCCCCGAGCUCGAACGGGUCCUUUCAGCCUGUGGUCCUGAUGCACUUUAGAGAUGUCCCCCCCGCCGAGCAGGAGAAAUUGUUCGUACAGAAGCUGCGUCAGUGCUGCGUGCUCUUUGACUUUCUGUCCGACCCGCUGAGCGACCUGAAAUGGAAGGAGGUGAAACGGGCGGCACUCAGCGAGAUGGUGGAGUACAUCACUCAUAACAGGAAUGUCAUCACUGAGCCCAUCUAUCCUGAGGUCGUUCACAUGUUUGCAGUGAACAUGUUUAGGACGUUACCCCCAUCAUCGAACCCAACCGGGGCUGAGUUUGACCCAGAGGAGGAUGAGCCAACGUUAGAGGCGGCCUGGCCACACCUACAGCUCGUGUAUGAAUUUUUCCUGCGGUUUUUAGAGUCGCCAGACUUUCAACCAAACAUAGCCAAGAAAUACAUCGAACAGAAGUUUGUGAUGCAGCUCCUGGAUCUGUUUGACAGUGAAGACCCUCGUGAACGUGACUUCCUGAAGACCACUCUCCAUCGCAUCUACGGAAAGUUUUUGGGUCUCCGAGCGUACAUCAGAAAACAGAUUAAUAAUAUAUUCUAUAGCUUCAUAUAUGAAACGGAGCAUCAUAAUGGAAUAGCAGAACUUCUGGAAAUAUUAGGAAGCAUAAUUAACGGCUUCGCCUUACCACUGAAAGAAGAGCACAAAAUCUUCCUGCUAAAAGUUUUGUUACCGUUGCACAAAGUGAAGUCGCUCAGUGUGUAUCACCCACAGCUGGCGUACUGUGUGGUGCAGUUUUUAGAGAAGGACAGCACACUUACUGAACCGGUGGUGAUGGCUCUGCUGAAGUACUGGCCGAAGACUCACAGCCCAAAGGAGGUGAUGUUCCUCAACGAGCUGGAGGAGAUCCUGGACGUCAUCGAGCCGUCAGAGUUUGUGAAAGUGAUGGAGCCGCUCUUUAGACAGCUCGCCAAAUGUGUCUCCAGCCCACACUUCCAGGUUGCGGAGCGUGCCCUGUACUACUGGAAUAAUGAAUACAUCAUGAGUUUAAUCAGUGAUAACGCUGCCAGGAUUCUGCCCAUCAUGUUCCCGUCACUGUACCGAAACUCCAAAACCCACUGGAACAAGACGAUUCAUGGUCUGAUCUAUAACGCGCUGAAGUUGUUUAUGGAGAUGAAUCAGAAGUUGUUUGACGACUGCACGCAACAGUUCAGAGCCGAGAAGAACAAAGAGAAAGCGAAGUGGAAAGAGCGCGAGGAGGCGUGGAUAAAGAUCGAGAGUCUCGCCAAAUCAAACCCGCAGUUUAUGAUGUACAUUGACUCCGGCAGCCUCGGCAGUCUGAUGGAUAUGGAGACAGACGGACCGAUGAUCGAUGAUGUCAUGAUGCUAAAAAAGACCGUAGUAGAAGAAGCCACUCAGCUGCACAGAGAACCGCGUAAGGAACGCCCCCUGAUGCGACGCAAGUCUGAGCUGCCUCAGGAUAUCUCCACAGUGAAAGCUCUGGAGACACACCGACGCGCCGAAGACAUGAUCAUUGCCCAGGACGGCCACUAGAGGACCACAAACGCCCAAAACCAGCCCAGUCUUACCCCGCCGCGCAAGAGCCGGCCCCGUACAGCACUGAUGCCAGUGGCGCUGGACAAACCCUGGUGUGACACACAAACACGCCCAGUUCUGCCAUCCAGAACCGCACCGGUGCCCGUCCAAUAUCCAGACCCCUAAAUCCCCCGCUAGUCAUCUCUCCAUUCUCCACUCUUUUCUGUAUUGUUUUGUUUCUCUGUUUUUAAGAUUGUUACGUGCCUGUACCGACUCAAUUCAGGCGCUGGGACAGGUCGUUUUUGACAAAGAGCGCUUGGCUGUCGACUGUCCAGAGCGCUCGAGCGAUUCUCAGGUUGUUCGGAGGCCGAGAGAACAGCGUUUUAAGGCCAACGUCAAAGCCCGGACGCCACGACGACAGCCAGUCUCAGCUUUCGGCCUCGGUCUUCGGUGGUCCAUGUCUGUUUAUGCGUGACGUUUCAUGUUCCGCUGUGGGAACGGUCGUUUUAGUCUUACCGCUUGACAACGAAAACCGACUGUGUAUUGUGCAUUCAAAACGUGCUGGUCUGUCUUUCGAAUUAUUAUUAUUAUUAUUAGCCAGCGCAAACACCCCUCCAUUGUUUUUUCGGAAUAAUUUUAAAAUUAAUAAUAUUUUUACAGUUGGCAAUAAGUUUGUCCAGGUACAUAUUGGUUGUUCAAACAAUGGUGAAUGGCCUUAUAGUGGCUUUAUUGUCGAUAUGUUUCGUUUUUCCUUACUCGCGGAUGGAUAUACAGUAUAUUUUAAGCUUUCUAAUGGCCGAUAUUUAACGUAAACGUAGUCUUAACCCAGUUACGCAUGCGUUUUUCGACUAAGCCUUUAUUUGCGUAGAGUGCCUUUUUAGGAAAACCUAAACAACGUGCUGUCAUGCUUAGCAGUGUUACAUACAUUACAUGUUCCAUCGGCUAAUCCGUUACUUGCUAUUUGCACGUUUACUCGCAUCCGUCUUAAUGGCGUAAAAAUGAGCGCUUUUUCGUGGUGGAUAUUUUGGGACUUGGACAAGCCCAACAAAGGACAGAAACAAACAUUUCCUGAUAAACUUGAACGACUUUCGCUGUCUGCUUUCAUUACGUUUGUUUAAUAAUGAUUUCCUUUAAACCAUUGUUUGAACAUCCAUCCUGUUUCGCCUGACUGGAACGACUCUUUCCGCGUAUGUCUGUGACGGGAUCUAAAGAUUAACCCUAAUCUUUUAUUUUUAUUUUGUAUUCUCUGCCCAGAUAAACGUGUUGAUGUUCGAUUUGUAAGUGCACAUUUAUAUAGAUAUAGAUAACACAUUAUUUUCCUCUAACUUCUGUUAUUAAUUUAAGUUUCUCCCUCGUAUAUUUUGAAUGUAGUGAUAAAAUCAAAAAAUAUAUAUUCUUAAAAUGAGUUUUCCUCACCAGUGUCAAUAGAAUAACUUUAACUCUUUGUUUUCCAGCUAGAAGCUUCUAUUGCGGUUCACUCACAGUUUCUGUUUUGUUCAUGAGCGAAAAAUAAAACGGCAAAGUGUCCUUUAGUACGCGUACUUUACUAAACGGCUUCAUCUGAUAUUGUACAUAUUAUGUACCGUUAUUAUCCAUCUAUUAUUGAAUGGUAGAUCUCUUAUUUUGUAUAAAUUUUCUUGUGUACAGAUGAAAACCGUUAUUAGCCACUUGCAGACCGUUGGUAUUUGACAGCGUUAGAAACGUUUAGAAUUUCAUUUCUAAUGUGUUUUUUUUUAAUUUUUUUAAUCUCUGUCUCUGCAUUCAGCUGUCUGAUGAAAUCCAUCAUAAAAUAGCCUUCAUAUGUACUUUUCUCCUAUUCUCAAGUGGUAUGUCUAUAUACAGGAAAUAAAGAAAACGUGUUUUAUAUUUUCAUCUUAG